AUGUCGUAAUCUGUUGAAAAUGCUGCCACUGGUUGCAAAGCAUUUCUGGAUCGACAGACUUGGGUUGCUAUAAAGCUAAUUCGUUGUCUGAACCACCUAUCAGGAGUGCUUUCUACGGAAAAGAUGCGUGAAUUGACGCUAAAUGGUAUUUUAAACCGAAAGAAUACACAAAAUGAUUCGGUGGCUUCGGUAUCCUGUAAACGUGAAGCAUCGCAGAAAAUCGAUCAGCUUCUCGGUGGGUUGCAUCAGAUCAUGAAUUUGCGUGGUGAGCUGAAUUCAUCAGAUGCGGAACGUUUCGAUGAUCGAAUCGAGCCGAUUCGUCUCCAAAUCCAGGCAGUCGUGAAUGCACUGAAUGCGUUCAUCUUGACAACCACCGAAAUACCGGAACCAAAAAACAUCUAUGACGAUUUGUACGAGGAAUAUUUACGGCCCCAGCAACUAGAGGAAAAUGAGCAGCAACAGCAGCAAAAGCAAAUGAGGCUCAAUUCGAUGCGUUUACGAGUCCAACAAGCGAAAAUGGAUGCUGCAGAAACUAAAAAAUUAGCCUCU